CGUCACCCGAAGCACGCCCGUUUCUUCUCCCUCUUGCUCUCGUCAGAACGUGAAACCCUUGACCCAAAUCGGCCCACCAAAUCGCCUCUGAUGUAUUUCUCGGUCUCUCCUUCCACAUCGAUACAAUUAGGGUUGGUUCUCUUUCGGUUUCUGUUUGCGGGAUUCUAACCGGGGUGCGCGUUCCUAGGGUUUGAUUCGGUGAAGGUUUUAAGGUUCUUCUUCUAUUGGUGGAAUUGUUGACGGGUGGAGUGGAGGGGGAUUGAUGGUUCGUGGCGGAGGAGGGACCGGAGGCACCAAAACAGGGGACGAUGAAGGGCUAUGCAUGGGCCGGAAGGUGAGGAGAGGAAACGACGGUGGCAUAUGUGGCCGGUCCCUGCGCCCGGGACAGCAACAUCAGCAGCAGCAGCUCCUUCUCUUCUAGCUCGUCCUGCGUCGCCCUCGGAGAACCCAUCCUUAGAGUUGGAGAAUCCACGGUUGCCGUGUGAUUCGUUCCUUAAGGAUGGGCGAAAAAUUCAAGUUGGUGAUUGCGCUCUUUUCCAGGCUGGCAGUGCUCCACCUUUCAUUGGAAUAAUUCAUUGGAUUACAUCAGGCAAAGAGGGUCACCUUUGGUUUUGUGUUAAUUGGCUUUACCGACCUGCUGAUGUUAAGCUUGCAAAAGAUGUGUUACUUGAAGCAGCUCCCAAUGAAGUAUUUUACUCUUUCCACAAGGAUGUGAUUUCUGCAGCUUCAUUGCUUCAUCCAUGUAAAGUCUCAUUUUUAAGGAAGGGUGUUGAGCUUCCAGUAGGAAUAUCUUCAUUUGUAUGCAGACGAGUAUACGACAUUACUAACAAAUGUUUAUGGUGGUUAACCGAUAAAGAUUAUGUCACUGACCGACAGGAGGAAGUACAUCAGCUUUUGAACAAAACUCGACUGGAGAUGAACACAGCACCUCAGUCAGGUGGGAAUUCACCUACACUCAAUGGUCCAACAAGCACACAACAACCAAAAUCUGGUUCAGAGAGUGUACAUGAUACUAACUCCUCUGUCCUGUCUCAGACUAAGGGGAAGAAGAGGGAUAAGAGUGAUCAGGUUUCUGAGUUUAUCAAGAAGGAGCAUUCUGCUAAACCAGAUGAUGGUGGUUCUGUUAGCUUUAAAUCUGAGAAUAUGGUAAAGACAGAAAUAGUCAAAAUAACAGAAAAAGGCCGGCUUGUAAGCUCUAAAGGGGUUGACAAGUUGUUGAAUCUAAUGCAGCUUCAUAGAUCAGAGAGAAAAAUAGAUGCUUCUGUCCGGAUUUUGGUUGCAGAUGUGAUUGCAGCCACUGAUCGAUAUGAUUGCCUUGGGAGGUUUGUGCAGCUUAACGGUGUGCCAAUCUUGGAUGACUGGCUCCAGGAGGUGUACAAAUGGAAGACCAGCGAUGGUAGUAGUCCCAAAGAGUGUGAUAAAGCUAUUGAGGAACUUAUUUUAGCUCUCCUUCGAGCACUUGACAAAUUGCCUGUGAACCUUAAUGCUUUGCAGAGUUGUAAUAUCGGUAAAUCAGUGAACCAUUUACGAAAUCAUAAAAACCCUGAGAUCCAGAAAAAAGCUAGGAGUCUUAUUGACACCUGGAAGAAACGAGUUGAUGCAGAAAUUACGAAGAUCAAUGAUGCAAAAUCUAUCACAUCAAGCCAGCCUGUUUGGCAAGUCAAGCCGGAAUCUUGUGAUGUCUCAAAAUCUAUCACACCUGCAUCCAUUGUGGAUGUCUCAAAGGACCCACUUUGCAAAGCAGCUACUAACACUGGUGGGGUAGAGAUGCCGGCAACCACAGCCAAAGACGAGAAGAGCAGUAGCUCAAGUGAAUCUCAGAACAACAGUCAGUCUUGUUCUAGUGAUCAUGCAAAAACAAUUGGUUCUUUGUGGAAGGAAGACAAAAGGAAUUCAAGUGCUGGAUCAAUGAACGCAUCUAAGGCUGCUGGUAGUUCAACUUGUCAUCGAAGAUCAAGCAAUGGGUUUUCUGGAGCAAGUAUGUCUGCAGUUCAUAAGGAAACUCAUCUAGGUAAGUCUGGUACUCUCAAUAGGAUGCCAACAUUGGAAAAAUCAUCACAAUCAGAUUUGGCAUGUGAAAAGCCAAUUGAUAUGUCUGUUGCUAAUCGUGGAAAUAAUCACAGGCUUAUUGUAAAACUUCCUAACCAUGUUCAAAGCCCUGCUCAAAGUGUAAGUGGAGGUUCCUUUGAAGAUCCAUCUAUUUUGGCCAACAGAGCAUCAUCUCCUGGGGUCCAGGACAAGCAUGAGCACAGUGAGUUCAGAGUGAAACUAAGAGGUGAUGUGUUUCGGUCUAAUAUUGUGGAAAAUGAUAAUACAGAGGCAUGGCAAAGCAAUGAUAUCAAAGAACCACCAGUAGGGGCUGGAGAUGUCAGAUCACUAGCAGCUAUCCACGAUGAAGAACACAUGAGUGCUCAGGAUAUGCGAAGUGCUACAGAGGCUCCAGGAGCUGUUGGUUCGUCAUCUGGAACUGAAAAGGAAGUUUUCUUGACUGAACCAAGCACAAGAAGUUCUUUUAGUUCUAUAAAUGCCUUAAUUGAAAGUUGCAUCAAAUAUUCUGAAGCUAGUGUUCCUUUGGUUGUUGAAGAUGAUGUUGGGAUGAAUUUACUUGCAAGUGUGGCAACUGGAGAGAUCUCCAAUUCUGAGUUAAUUUCUCCCACCGUCUCACCUGGAAAUUCACCUGCAACAGAGACCAAGUCGAGGUUGUCAAAUGAUGAUGUUGUGGCCCAGAGUCAUGUUGAAUCUGAUGAAGCUGCUUUUGCAGACUCCAAAAAGCAGGUGAAGAGUGUUGGUUCCUUCUUGAUUAGUGAUGUCUCAAAUGAGGAUGGGACUGAGCUUUCAGGAAAUAAUUGUACUGAUGUCAUUUUGCAGUAUAAUAAAUUAGCAAGCGAGCAUGCUGAACAAUCUCCCACUGUAGCUAUGAGCUCUCAUAGGGAGUGUAAACCUGAGGAAGAAAAAGAUGGACAUCCUUUUGUGUUGAAACCGUCUGAAGUGGAGAAGCAGGGUGAUGAUGGUACUCCAUUUGACGAAAAUCCGAUGACAGAUGGACAGGUCUUGGACCACUAUACAGAAUACAAGCUUAAAGAAAGAAGCUCAUCAGCAGAUGAAAACAAACCUCCUAUUGAAUGUGCCAUUCAAAAUAUUGGAGGUGGCAAUAUAUGCAAUUGUGAAAUUUCUUGCAAGGAUCCUGAGAUUUCUGCUUCAGGUAUUAAAUCAGAAAACCUGAUUGUUGAGGAAUCUCAAUCAUGUCCUUCAGCAGAAGAAGCACUUGAGGUUGCAACCUCAUCUGACCACCAACGAUCUGUGAUGAUAGAUUCUGUGGAGAGGAGUCGUGAUGCUGUUAUUACAUUGGGUGCUUCUGAUGUUCCAUUUUCUAAGAAUGCUGAUGAAUCAGUUAGACCAGCAACCACCUCCUCUUAUGCUGCUGGGCUUGUUGAAGACUUGAAAAUGAUGGAGACACAUGAACGUCAUCAAGAGAGAUCAGCCAGUGAAGACCAAUUGUCCAGUUGUCAAGCCAAGGAAACUGAGAAUCAAGCAAAACCUGCGGGUUCGAGGUUAUCUGGGGUUGAUUCAGAUGUGAGGGCAGAUCUUGCAUUAUCUGCAGAGGCUUCUUCAUUGGCUGUUAAAACUGAGCCAGAUAUUGCCAAUAAGCUUGACUUUGAUUUGAACGAGGGCAUCCUUGGAGAUGAUGGAAACCUAGAUGAGACUGCUGUCUCAGUUGCAACAGUGUGUUCGUCUGCAAUUUUUUUUCCCGGCCUGUCUUCUUUUGCAAAUGCGAUGUCUAACAGCUCACCUGCUCCAAUCACAGUAGCUGCACCAGCAAAAGGGCCUUUUGUUCCACCUCAAAACUUAUUAAAGAGCAAGGGUGAGACUGGAUGGAAAGGCUCAGCUGCCACUAGUGCUUUUCGGCCAGCAGAACCACGAAAAGCUCCAGAGAUGCCACCAUCUGUUUCUGCAGGGAAGCAGUGCCGCCGUCAACUCAAUAUUGAUCUGAAUGAACCUGAUGAGAGAGUUCUUGAGGACAUGGCUGUCCAGAACUGUGCUAAGUCUUCCAGCUCUGAGUUGGGGACGGUAAUAAAUCGUGAAGCAACCCCACAGAUUUCUGGGGGACUUAAUCUUGACUUAAAUAGAGUCGAUGAAGGCACCGAAAAUGGGCAGUUAUUAGCAAGCACCACCUAUGGAUUAGAGGUGCCAUUCUUGGCUGUAGGACCAGCAUCAGGAGAAGUCCCUAAUCGGGUGGCCAAUAUGUCGAGGGAAUUAGAUUUAAAUAGUGGACCAGGUCUUGAUGAUGCUUGUGCUGCUCCUACAACUGGGAACCAAAAUACAAAAUGCACUAGAAGCAUCCCUUUUGUACCUCCAGUUGCAGGCAUCAGAAUGAACACUGUUGACUUGGGAAGUUUAUCACCAUGGUUUCCCCCUGGUAGUUCAUAUCCUGCUCAGUCUAUACCAUCUUCCUUGACUGAUAGAGGAGAGCAGCCUUGCCCAAUUGUUGCAGCUCCAGGAGCCCAAAGAAUUUUGGGGCCAGUUACUGCUAGUGGCCCCUUUGGUGGCGAUGGUUAUAGGGGUCCCAUGUUUUCAUCCUCCACAGCCAUGGCAUUUUCUCCUGCUACAGCAUUUCCAUAUGCUGGAUUUGCUUUUGGGUCCAAUUUUCCACUUGCAUCAACUUCUUUUUCAGGUGGGUCGACAACCUUUGUUGAUUCUUCAUCUGGAGCUGGUUCAGGUUUCCCUACCAUUCCUUCACCAUUUUUUGGACAAGCUGGAGCCAUUUUAUCUAGUUAUCCAAGGCCUUACGUGAUAAGCCUUCCAGAGGGUAAUUCUGAUAGCACUCGGAAAUGGAUUGCACCAGGUCUUGAUCUCAAUGCAGGACCUGGAAACACAGAUUUGGAAGGAAAAGAUGAGCGAUUGCCCUUGGCAUCUAGGCAACUCUUAGUUGCAACCUCGCAAGCAUUCACGGAGGAGCAGGUGAGAAUGUAUGGAGUGCCAGGUGGGGGUUUGAAGAGGAAGGAGCCUGAAGGAGGUUGGGAUGCAAACAGAUCUACUUACAAACAACUCUCUUGGCAGUGAUGAGAGAUCAGAAGUAGCAAAUGGUUAAUAGCAGCGUCUGAAUGUGGCAGAGUACACAAGGUAACCACAGGAUCAGCUUGCACUAAGUUGUAUGUGUGAACCCGCCUGCAUGCAUCCUGAUGCUUCUGGGGGGAAACAUGGACCUCAGGAAAUUCUGAAACUUGCUGUGUUUCAUGUAAAUGUUGAGACAUGAUGCCUCCUUGAUACAUCAAAUUCUGCUGAUUCAGCAGUUGCUUUGCCCAGCAUUUCUUUAGCUUGUUCAAGCAUGUUUUCCAAGGACAUCCAAGGGGCUUGUGGUGGACGGUGACAGUAGCAUGUUGCUCACUCAGAUAAUUGCAAUGCCAAUUCAUCAUCUCUUUCCCCAAUGCCACUGCAAUCAGGUGCUUAUUCCUUUCUCUAAGGUUUUCUGCCCCCAAAGAGUUGACAGAUACUGCUACUUGUGUUGAUAACAUGUUUGCCCAGGCAAUUUGCAUGCCUUGUAUUUAUUUCCAUGAGCAGAGCAAUCAGAUAUUUGCAAUGUCAAGUUUUGUCAAUUAACCUCUUAGUUUAUCAGCUUGUAACCAACGGCUGCAGUGGCUCGAGUUAGUGAAGCACAGCAUGUUUGUUGUUUUUA